AUGGUUGGUUGUGUGUAUAAGGUGAUUUCUAAGGUAUUGGUUAGGAGGAUGAGAUCAGUUAUGCCAGGCCUGAUUGGAGAGACUCAGAGUGUGUUUGUUAAGGGUCAAAAAAUACAUGAUGUGACCUUUAUUCCAUAUGAAACUGUACAUUGGCUUAAAAUAAGGAAAAAGGAAGCAGCUGUGGAGGCAGUGGGUUAUGGAGUGUGUUACACAUCUUUUAUGUCAAUAUUGAUAAAUAAUUCACCAACAAAGCCGUUCAAGAUGGAAAGAGGUCUGAGAAAAGGUGAUCCUCUAUCUCCUUUCUUGUUUGUACUUGUUGUUGAUGUCUUAAAUAGAAUGAUUGAAGUGGCAGUUAGAAACGGCCGGAUAUCCCCAAUAUUCGUUGGGAGAGACAAUAUAGAAUUGUCACACCUCCAGUUUGUCGAUGACACUGUGUUGUUCUGUUCUUCAAAGGAGGAGAAUACUAAGAACUAUAAGAGGCUUCUAUGUUGCUUUGAGUUGAUGUCGGGGUUAAGUCUCAAUUUUGAAAAAUUCAAUUUGAUCCCAGUCAAUUAUGAACAACAGUGGGUUUGA